ACAAAGGGGACCCAGCUCCCCGAAAAUUAUCGUUUAAAUGUAAGUUUUUAAGUGUUUUUAAUCUAUCCGUGUCAUGUGUAUCCUGUUUAUAUUUAUAUUAUAUAUAUAUUAUAAGCCAAAUUUGGUUUCGAAUAUCUUACAAAGCGAACAGAAAUUUAAGUUUUAACUUUGUAAGAGGUUUAUUAUGAGAUAACAAGGCGUAUUUUAAACCUUUUUAAAUAAUUUGUUGUGCAAUUUUUAGUAUAUAGAUUCAAUUGUAGAAAUCCAUUUAAUACGUACAACUAUUAUUAGAAAAUAUCUAGAAUGCUCUAAUCAUCAUUCAGCACUCUCUGGAAAUUUGAUGGCAACAGAAUUUAAAUGUGCCGUAAAUCGGAAAAUCAAUGUUAUAAAUAUAGUAGGUACCGUAACUUACACAAAAGCUUUCUUAUAGGCUACUUUCCAUGGAAAAUAUUGCUCUACACAUUAAUAAAAUACAUUCCUAUGUUGGAUUUUUCAGUAUUGAUAUUGCCGUAUUUUUAUUGGAAGGUAUGGAAAUUUCAAGUAAGAGUUAUGCUGCUGUCGAAGAUGCUAUUGCCUGUUAUUUGGAUAUUCAUGGAAUCUUAAAAAACAUCAUUGCUUCCACCAAGACUUAUAAGGAGUCUCUGUCUGAACAAGACGAUUUAUUAAUGCCGUUAAGAUUCACCAUUGAAGUUAAUUUGGUAGACUUGACUGAAAUAGAUGUUGUAGCCACGCAAUUCUUGAGGAGAGAACCACAUUUAUUUUGCAAACUCGUGGAGAAAGUUAUUCAUUGUGCUAUUAAUAAUGGUUUAGAUCUUGAGAUAGAAUUGAAUAGAAUUCAAGUUACACUGAGAGUUGACUUGCCAAGUUUUCCUGAUUCCAUGUGCUCAUCCACAUCUCACCUCUUACCUGGUCUGUUUAUAAUGAGAGGAAUUCUCAUCGCAGUAACUACCGUCUCAAAAUAUUUACUCAGCAAGCUGUAUUAUUGUCCUAUCUUAGAGUGCACUUGUGGUGGCUCAAGGGAAAGAGUGGAUGCAGACUGUCAGCGUUCUGAACAGCGCUGUCCCGUCACCAAUUUUCCAAAAAAUGAAAUUGUAGCCGCCCAAGAAACCGGUGACCAGGCUUUGGGUGUUAUUGUUGAUUCAGAUGCUUUGAAAUUGAAGCCGGGAUUAUCACGAGGAAUAACAGUUUAUUUCAGAGAUGAUCUAGCAAUGGGAUUGAAACUAGGGGGCUGCUACCAACUGACUGUGACCAGAGAUCGCGGGAUGACCAGCUUGAUGGCAUGGGGAGUGCAACAGCUACUGCCUGAGCCACAGUCCCGGCUUCUGUCUGGUCUCCGACUCAAUCAGCUCCCACAAUCCAUACAAACUCUUGUUCAUCAUUUGAGUGUUAAUUGUCCAAGGUCUUCAUGGGCAUUGUUUGCUGCUUUGUCGUCACAGCUAGCUCAUCAGCUCGCUCCUAUGAAUUGCUUUCUCCACCUCAAAGCCGGCAUUCUCCUCAGCCUCGCUUCACAGUGCGUGAAGCAGGAACAAGAGCCGUGCCACCUGCUGUGCCUGGGCAGUGACGGUGUGUCAGUGGUGGCGGAGUGUGCUCGAGUGGCCCGGCGACUGGUGGCGGCGACCGGUGGCUGUGGUGUGGCCGCUGCCGGCCUCUACCGCGUCGACGAGCCCAGUGGCUCCGUGUGGCUGGAGGCUGGGCCACUGAUGCUGGCUGCCGGCGGCGUGUGUCUGCUUGGGGACUGGCAUGCCUACGAGAAGCACAGGACGUCGCAGAUAUUCAACGCUCUUGAGAAUGGAGAAGUAUGCCUUGACACCCAGGAAUACAAAAAGACAACGGGGUCGAUGCCAACUGGAAGUCCAGUCCACCCUGUCGAGUCGGCAAUUUGGGCCACCUGCAAUUACAAAUACAACAGAGCCAGAAAGAAUGCCAACAAGGCUCUUUGCACAGCUAUCGAAUUAUUUGGAAUGCCAUUCAUAGGAUCAUGUGAAUCCAUGGAAGAAAUUGGAGAUUUUACAGUUUUCAAAUUAUCUGAAGCGAGCGUUAAUAGUGGAUUCAAUGCAAAGGCUAAUUUGUUAGUUUCUGAAAAAGAUUUGAGAGAGUUUUUGGACAUAGUAUCAUCAAAAACAGUGGAAAUAUCAGAAAGUGCUCAGAACCUCUUACAACGCUACUUUGUGGAUACUAGAAGAGCUCGCCCUGGAUGUCUGCCUGCCGCUGCCAUCAAAAUCAUGACGGCUCUGUCGGAAGCGCAUGCUCGCAUCGGUCUUAGAGAUGAGGUGAUAGAGAAUGACGCCUUGUUUGUGAUGGCACUCUACGAAGAGGCUCUGUGCGCCAUCUAUGGGCCUUCCAUGCUGACCGACAGCCGACCGCCAAAGAGGCCCAAAACCGCUCAUCCCAUAGAUAUUGCCGAACAGACCCAUGAAAACAUAACUGAGUUUGCAAUCUCGAUUGAUAGAAAUCUGAAGUGUUCUAGCAUAGAUGCUGGAUCGCAUAGCAACUGGCUAGAAGAAUAAUUCGCAGUUUAUGAACUAGUAACAGGGAACUUGAUGAAGACAGUGUUGAUAAAUUUCGUGAUGCUUCUGGAGUAGUGAACUAUUAAAAGAAAGCUGUGUAAUGUAAAUGUUGACAAAUAAUAGCAGUAACUAGGUAAUAGUAUAUAAGAUCAAAUUUUCGGCAUUGAUUCAAUGGGAAUGAUUGUCAUAAAUUAUAUCCAUAUAAGGAAUGCUGACAGUUAUAAGUUAAUCUCACUAUAGUAAGUAAUUUUUUGAAUAUUGUGAAUAAUUUCAGUUGGUAUUGUAAACAUUGAUCGAAUAGGGUCUUAACAUGACAAGUUAAUUUUAAAAAUAUAUCUCAACACUACUCUAAUAAUAUAGAAGUUUUAUAAUAUUUGUAAUAAUGGAAAAUUAUUCUUGACAAAUUAGAUAACUGUUAAGAAUCACGAAGAGGUAUGAUAAAUUGUGAUUAAGUUGUUCUAGCAUAGUGUUGUUCUCGAGAAUCAAGAAUCUAUUAUGUUUCUCAGCAGGUCAUAAUUUUUCACGAUAUGUAGUUGAAAGAGCAAAAUGGAAAUAUUUAAAUUUACAACCUGAAAGAAUAAAAAUCAGUAACAUCCAAAUAAAAAAGGAAACGAGUAAUAUGAUUGAAGUAAGAAUAUUUUAUUUAUAAUACAAUGAAUAUAAAUACAUAAAACAAAAUAUAAUACUGCUCUAUUCUAAUAUCACAUUCUACUAAUUAAUAAUGAAUUGUAAACAUUUUAAAACUACUUGCAUUCUAGAAUAGAACGAACAUUACACAACAUUUACUACCACUAUAUUAAAAGGAAAACCAAUUAAAACAUUAAUUUAUGAUUGAAGAUUCUUUUGUCUGUAUUACAACAGAUAAAUAUAUAAAACAAAUUAUAUGAAUACAUCCAGUUUUAAUUUCAUUUCCAUGAUUGAGCUGAUUAAUUACAAGUACAAUUUCAAAAAACAUAUAUUAUGAAAGAUUCAUGAAUAUUUUAUAGUACAUUUGUAAUACUGAUGUAACUUGGAAAUUGGAAGCAUUCCGGAUAUGUGUUCAUAAAAUCACAGUUUUAGAUGGACUCAAGGUGCAAGGAUCAUACGUUAUUAUCAAGUAAAUAAUGAAAAGUUAUCAAAUAGAUGAAAAAAAUAGCUGAGAUUCAUAAUAUAAAUUGAUAUGACAAUACACAAGACCGAAUAUAACUUACAUCAAGUCUAUGAUAUACUUAUUUGGAGCAUUACACAAAGUAAUGUUCUGUGGAGCAACCUUAAUCAUUCCUUAGAACUGAAAUAAGAGAGGUUUCAUCUGCACUCACUAAAAUGAGAGUAUACUAAUGUUCUACGGUUAACACCGUAAAUAGUGAAAUAUUAUUCAAUGUUCCAUCAAAGCAUAUACCCUUUAAGAAAUCAUUGUAAAUAUUCCAAGGGUGUGCUUGAAAUUACGGUACUCAUUUGGAAAUCAAUGCUGUAUUACAUAAUAUAAAAAAUAAAAAUUGUUUUUAGAAAACAACACACACGUGAUGCUAGGUUGGUGGUUAAGAUCAGCUCAUUGAAGAAGUUAAGCUUAAUGCAUAUAAAAAUUGACGAAGGCAAUAAUAUGAUUUUGGAACAUUCCAUUCAAGUUUAAGAAGCUAUAAUAAAUAAUAUAGAUAAGAACAAAAAAUAAUUGUGAUGAUUAUUUUGAAUUGAGUUAUAGUGAUUGUUUGAAUCUGAAACCUUUAUCUUGAGACGUAACUAAAAUUGAUGUGAAAUUUAUUAACUAUAUUAUAAUUUUUAAUUUAAAACAUUUCAGCUAAGUAGAAUAUAACUGUAAAUUUCCAAUAAUAUCAUUGAUACAAGUUUGUUUUUGAAAUUAUCAUUUUAGAUUAUUUUAUGAAGUACCUUUAUCGACGUAUCAAUUUUUGUAAAUUAUUGUAAUAAAUUUGUAUUUUAAACAGGCUGAUAUAUUUUAUUAGUUUUCAAUUUUAAAGAAUGAAAAAUAAAAUAUUAAAAAAAUGCAUUACUAUUACUAUUAUUAAUUAGAUAUAAGACAGUACCAAAGAAUAGCUCUGUACUCACAAGUAAAUAAUAUAUAUGAUUACAAUGAUAGUUUCAAAACAUCGUAUUAUGAAUCAAUACUCAACACGAUAUCAAAAACUUCUAAAGAAUUUUCCAAACUUACAACGCGUACAUGAGGAAGAUAGAGGUAUAUACAAUAAUUUCUUAUCUUUAAUUGAAGAAUUUACAAUACACAUAUUUUUAUUAGUGAUUAAGACAUUGCUCGAGAAGUAUUCAACACUUAUAUUAUACAGUCACACACGAAUUUAUUGGGGUUUCUUUUUAUAUUACAACGUUAAUAAUGUUAAUUCUCCCAAACCGAUUAAAGAAAUAUUGGCCUACUACAUGAAUCAUACUCAUGACUUAUUUAUAUUUUAUGUAUUUGUCUUAAAAUAUUAUAUGCUCGUCUUGAAAAUGAGCAUAAAUAGAUCACAAAGGAAUUGGAGGAAAUAUGCUACAUCAGUGACAAAAUCAAUUGAUGCUUUUAAAAAAUUUAAAGCAAGGAUCACUUAUAAAUCUUCCCCUCUGAGAUUCUUGAUUUAUUGAUUUUACAAAGUCCAUGUAAAACGUAUAUGCUAUUAUUCAUGAUAGUACACAAUCGUAUUUUUUGAAGAUAUCAUGAAAAAUCCAAUAGUUAUCUAAACUUAAUAAUAGAUACAAACUUUUACAAGUCAUUGAUUGAUUUU